ACUGUGAAAACUGAAAGCGAAAACUGAAACUGAAACUGUGAAGUGAAGGAAGGAACAAGGAACGACGAGCCGUCGAGCAAGAAUCGGGGUCGAAACGAAAUCGUAUUUGGAGGGCUUGAAACAAUCUACAAUUUUGUGAUUUUGUGACACAUUACAGUAAAUUGGUGCUUUUGCCCGUUGGGAUAAUCUAUUGGAAUGUCUGGGAUUGCUAUUGCUCGUUUAGCUGAAGAACGUAAAGGUUGGAGGAAGGAUCAUCCUUUUGGCUUUGUUGCUCGGCCAGGAAAAGCUCAAGAUGGUGGUCUUAAUCUAAUGAACUGGGAAUGUGCAAUCCCAGGCAAAAAAGGAACACCAUGGGAAGGCGGCUCGUACAAACUGAGGAUGAUCUUCAAGGAUGAUUACCCGUCCAGUCCGCCCAAGUGUAAAUUUGAACCUCCACUCUUCCAUCCCAAUGUGUACCCCUCAGGCACUGUCUGCUUAUCGUUGCUUGAUGAAGAGAAGGACUGGCGGCCAGCCAUCACCAUCAAACAGAUCCUUCUUGGUAUUCAGGACCUCCUCAAUGAGCCUAACAUUAAGGAUCCCGCCCAGGCCGAGGCUUACACCAUUUACUGCCAAAACCGUCUUGAGUACGAGAAGCGAGUGAGGGCCCAAGCAAGAGCAAUGGCUCCUCAGGAAUAGUAAAUAACCACUGCCUGCAUCAGCAAGCAGUCUGGAACCUGGUGUCAUCGACAUAAACUCUUUAUUGUGUGGUUAAGUGUCUUCUGUUGACAAAGUAAAGUCUUCUGAUUAUAAAUAAAUUUUACGUAAGGUUUGUAUUUUAGUCCGAAGCUUUAUUUAUUUGAAUUGGGUCGACCCUUACCUAUCGGAAAUCGUAAAUGUUUUUAUCGUGACUAAGUAAAUAUAUCAUGUCUUUGUAAAUUAAAGAUGGUCUAGUGUAAUUUAAUUUUAAGUUUUCUAUAAGUACAAUAAUAAAGCAUCAAAUUCUUUUUUUUUA